AAUGCAAAGUUAGAAAGAAGGACAAAGAAAUUUUUCUACCUAAGUUUCACAAUCAACAGAUACUAAUGAUAAUGGAGGAGUUGAGGAUACUGUCUUAUUAGAAAGAAUAAGAGCAGCUUAUAAGGAUAUAUUUGCUUAAUCAUCAUUUUCAUAACUAAAAAAUUACUAAUUCUAGAAUGAUAUUGUAACAGGAGAAGUAUAAACUGUAAUUAUAUUUAAAGCCAACAAAAGUGCUUUCAUGUGCAUUCGAUAAUACAACUUAAUUUUUAGCUUCAGCUAAUUCUGAUGGUCUUGUAAAUAUUGCUUAUUUGGGGAAAGAUUACACAAUAGUUCCAUUAUUAGAUCCCAAAUAGAAACCAGGUCCAGCUACAUGUGUUAAAUGGAGACCUGGCUAAGUUGUAGAGUAAUUAAAACACACAUUAUUGUCAACAUAUGCUAAUGGAAGUAUUAUAUAUUGGCAUGCAACAUCUAAAUAAUCAUUAUUUAAUUUAGAAGAUAAAGAUAAUCAAAUCAAUUGUUGUGAGUUUUCAUUAGAUGGUGAUAAGUUUGUAAUAGGUGGUUCUGAUUGUCAUGUUAAACUUUAUGAUUGCGGAAAAUUGAGUAAGACUCCUACUACUUUUGUGGAAGGACAAUCAGCUAUUCAUUAGAAUAGAAUAUUUGGUAUGAAAUUUAAUUAGGGUGAUCAUAAUUAACUAUAUACAGGAGGAUGGGAUAAAAUGGUUAUUUAAUGGGAUUUAAGACAAAAGAAAUCAACUGGUUAUAUCUUUGGUCCUUGUGUUUAUGGAGAUUCUAUGGAUUCAAAAGGAUUUUAAUUGAUUACUGCAUCAUAUAGAGAUGAAAAAUAAUUAGAAAUUUGGGACACUAGAACUUUAAAUAAAUUAUAGACUAUUGAAUGGGCUGAGUAUGGAAAUAAUGUUUAAGGAUUAUUACCAAAAUAGAAUGUUAGUAAAUUAUAUGCAUGUAAAUUUGAUAAGAGAACAAAUUAUAUCUAUGCUGCAAAUGCUGGAAGGUAAUCAAUAAUAUCAUUUAAGUGUAUUUUCUGAAAUAAGACAAUUUGAUUCCUAAUAUAGAUGUGUUGAUACAUAUUGUUGUUCAUUAAAUGGGGUAAUGACAAUCGAUCAUAAUACAAGUUACAAUAAAUUAAGUUAUGGAACUUCAGAUGGAAAAUUGGGUGUACUGAAUUUAGUAAAUUGAUAUUAG